GUUCAAGAACGACUAACAAAACAAAUUGCAGUAGUGAUUCAAGAAAUAUUAAAACCUCAAGGUGUGGCGGCACUUGUGCAUGGUAAUGCGUGGAGUACAAAAACCUGGAAGUUCUACGGUUACGAGCUUUAUGUUAGGAGUAUUCAGGGAACAGGCGAAAACCAGAGAAGAAUUUUUGAGGCUAAUAAAAA